UGUCAGCUGUUUUCAUACAGCAUGCUCUCAUGCCGGCAGGACGUUACUUCACAAUAACAUAGAAUGCGAUGAGAAGAGCUAGUCUUCCUAUGCAUGGACAACUGUAUAUCUCGACUAAGCGUUGGAUCAAGUGGAAGCAGUAAACAGGCGUGACUCCUGUGGUGGAUUUCCACGCCCAGCUGUAUUCGCCUUCAAUCGGAUGAAAUCGUACAGGCGGCCGCUCAGAUAAGUUCUGUCCUCACAUCCAUGGUGGCGAACCUAUCUGAUGGAAAGGAAGGCUGUCAAACAGCUCAACAUGGUCUCCAGGUUGCCCAAGUUUGCUUCCUGUCCCUCAGGCAUCACCAUGACCGCCUUUCCCCAAGGAUCUGCCCCAGAGUCCAAAGGUGGACCUCUAGUCAGGCACAAUAAUUUGACACGUCUACAAUCCCUAAAUUGGAGAAAGGGUGAAGAGGACAUUGGUAAUAAAGUUCAACACUCUGACAGCUUGGAUGAGGAGACUAGUGUAACACCAGUGAUGGUGACUAAAAAGCCUUCCCCUGCAGCUGCAGUAAAAUGUAAAAGUGCAGUCCCCACUUCACAAAGUAGUUGCCCCAGGAGCAUACCCCAGCCUAGCAAAACCUUUCCCUGCAUGACUACUCCGAAAUGCCUCUUAACAGGGAAUCCCCUGAAUAAUGACAUGGCUUCUCAGAAUGGAGUAAGUGUUGGUAAUGGGCAAUGUGGCUCCUCAGGGCCAGGUGUUGGUCAUGUAUCCCAACAAAGAACCCUGCAGAGCAAACUAUCCCUGUCCAACGACAGCAUCAAGUCUGACUCUAAAGACAGCAUAGUUCGCUCUCAGAGUUUCACCCACUCCAAGAGGGCAACAUGCCCCACCAACCCACCUAUUACCCGUUCCUUCUCCUUUAACAAAGCUACAGAGCUUGCUAAAGAACUUCCCAGACCAUUGGCACAGUCUCCAGUAGCGAAAUCAUCCCUCAUACAGCCAAAUACAGUAUUAUCCGAAGAGAAAGUAAAUAAAUACGGAAUUCCAAGGCCUGCUGUAACUACUAGCACUCAUCUUUUGCAAACGAACACAAUAAAGAAAUCCCUUUUACCCAGCUUUUCAGGUAAAAAACCUUCUGUGCUCAGUUAUAGACUUACACGUCCAACACUAACCAAACAUCCCCGCCCUGUUCUCCUUGGAAUUGUCCAAAAAGACGCAGAAUUGAGUAAAAAUGUCCAAGACACUACAAAGAUAGCAGAAACCAGUUCAGAACCAAGCAGCAACAUUGAAAGUAUUGAAACUUCCCCAACUGAGACUUAUUUUAAAGCAAAGGAGGCUGAGGGGAGUCUGGGCCCCUCCUUGGAGGAUAUGUCACUAUCAUCGUCCUCCUCUGUGGAGCACAAUGACACUAGUGAAGAGUACAUGGAUGACUUUGAUAAUCUCGGGAAUGGAGGUGAGACCCUGCUGCCUGUCCUCAAUGAGGGGUUAGACCACUUUGGACUAUGUAAAGAUGACAACUCUCUAAUUAGCGAGUGCAAUGAGGAAUCAUCGGUGACCAGCCUGCACACCUUCUUAUCCGAAACUGUUGACUGGGCAGGGAUGGGCCUCGCAGCUGGUAAAGAUGGCUUUGAGCAUGAGACGUUGUCUCCUUUAGGUGAUUUUCCUCAUGGAUCGUCUUUGGACCUGUCACCCUCAGACAGCUCUGGAGGGACUUACAUGUGGGACGAGGUGGGAAUGGAGGCACUGGGAGGCUCUGGACACCCCUGUGGAAGCUUUGACUCUGAUCUCAACAGCAUGGACAUUCUCAACAACCUGGAGAAUGUGGAGUCAUGUGACCUGGAGGAAGAGGACCUCAUGUUGGAUUUGGACCUGUCUGAAGAUGCAUCUUUUGUUGUAGACACUGAUGGGACAUCACCUUAUGAAUGCUCUGAAAAAGAUGGCUGGCCAACUCAGAGGAGGAGACGGCAGCAGCUCUGGGGCAGGCAUGAUCAGUUCUGCCGUAAAAACAGAAGUGGCAUUUUGCAAUCGUUUGAUGGGCGCAAGGAACAGGGGCUGGAGAGGUCAAGGUCAGACCAUGUGACAUUGGAUGAGUUGACUCUGAAACUCAUGACUCAAGACUGCUCUUCUGUCAAAGAACAGCUGCUUCUACUGAAGACACUGCUUCAGAUGGAGACAGAUAGUUCAGCUGAAGAUACUUUAGAGGCUAAUACUCCAUCAUCCACCGACCAAUCUUUACUUGAUCAGAAGGUGGAGCUGCUCCUGAAAGAGGUUCAAGAACUGAGAGAUGAGCUCAAAAGCAAAGAGAGGAUGAUCGCUGAACUUUCCCAGCAGCUGUCUUCUCCAGUAGAGGAUAUGCAGUGCCGCUGCUUGCAGGGCUCAGAGUCUAACAAGGAGUCACCGGAGCACCAGGACAAGGAUACUCAAACCUUGUGGAAGGCACAUAAUUUUCAAAUACUACAGACUCCCAGAUUCUUACCCAACAAGCUCCACAACCAUGAAGGACUUUCAAGUCCAACCUCUUCAGAGGCCCCUUGUGACGGUUUGGAUGCCGAGCCUGGUCACCACCCACUGAUGCCCCAGUCCUGCUCCCCAGACCUACAAAGUCCCAUCACUGUUAAGUCUACCCCAAACUGUGCUAUACCAACGGUAACUAUAUCUGCUGAUAGCUCUGCUGCCUUCUCUUCCAGAACUUUUCAGAGCUCUGAUCCUGCUGAGCUUGGCCUCAUGAGCAGCCAGGUUAAAAUCAAUGAGCCAGCAACCCCACCAGCUUCUGCCAGCUUUUGCUGCAAGCUAGAAAGAGGUAUACAAAAACUUCCUUUGAGAAGAAGCAAUUUUUCAACUCUACAGCCACCCACUUCUAUUAAGAGAACUUCGACACUCAUCAAGCCCCAGGAAGUACAACGGGUCAGUGUGUUUACCGGAGCCCUGGGUAGGUUUGGAGCCACAGGUCUAUCCAGAACAAGACAUCAACCUUUAUCAGCUGCCGGACUGCUUUGCAUCAACCCAGCCCGACAAACUACCAUGCACAGCACCACUGCACCAAUAUUUAACCAACAAAAUCAAGGGUGCAGACAGUCUUUAUUGCUCAGAAACAUAGAAAGCAGUUUGCCCAGAGCCAGUGCCCCCCUCCAGCCCAAACAUUCCCGCCUUCCUAAGCCAAAGGCAAUUUCUUCUCUACCAAACCCUGUGGCUCAGCAAGGUCAAACAACAACCUCCCCUGCUCUGCCUUCUCAUAUGCUUCCACAAUUCUAGAUUAGCUAAGCAGGGCUUUGGGCAUCCCACCAGAGUGUAGAAAAUCUGCUUCUUAAGGCCCUGCUUGUAAGGCACCAGUCAAGUAUCCUGGCAGUUAUGCUUACUAUGUACAAAACAUGACAUAAUGCGCUAAGUUGUAAGAGACACUACUGUCAACCUUGUACCUAUGCACCUUGCAUAAGAUAUUGCUCCUUUGAUAGAUUAGCAAGGCACCACUUCUCUAGGAUAACGACCAAAACCAAGUAGAGUGUUGUUAUUGCUCCCACAUGAGUUUUUUUUGUAUUGCUCUCAUUGAUUCUGUUGAGAGAGACUUGCUAUUUCCUUUCUUAACUACCACCACUGUAUGUGCACCGCGUGGGCCAUGAUGAAGGGGUGCCCACUGAGAUUUUCAGAGGAGCCGUCUCUUCCAAUUGCUUCUCUACCCAUCUCUCUUUGUACCUUUGUUCUUUGCCACUAGCAUGAAGAUUGUGUCCUGCUGGAAUUGGCCUCCCACCACCGUACCUAAUGAGAGCAAGUUCUGGAAGCCAAGUCAGUCUUAACAGCAGAAUGAGUUGUAAGGCCAUGAACAUAAUGUAAAAUGGAAAGAAAAAAAAAGGAACAUUAGCCUAUACAGUGUGGGAGUUUGAAAUGCAAGGUUACUUUGUAGUGAUUUCACCAAGUAGGACAUGUUUUUGAUUGAUACAACAGUUCUUUCUGGUCCUCGAAUCUGAUUGGCUGAUAAGAGUGUGAUAUUAGAGUCCAACUUAACUCCAACAGCCGUUUCACCGUUUGUAUCACUCCAUCCCUAAACCUACCCCUUACAAUAAUGCAAAAAUAGUAAUUAUUGUUGUACAGUGUGACAAAAAUUACACUAUAUUGAUGUGCACAUGACCAUUAGCCACAGCUGUCUCCUUUCUAGCCUUAAAGGGAUAGUUCACCCAAAAAUGAAAAUUUGAUGUUUAUCUGCUUAC